GCAUGGCAGGAAAUGGAAACUAGACUCGAUGGUUCAACUCCCCCGCCAGGCAGUGAGAGAGAAGUGGCGUUUCAGAAAGCGCGAGAGGAGAUGUACGCUCUCAUAAAGGCAGCCAUUGAUCAUCGCAGAGAGCACGGACCGACGAGCGGCAAUGAUCGCAUCUUCCUCGACGCCGUCCUCGAUCCAGACAACAACAUAGAUCCCGACGUGCAGCUUCUAGAUCCGUUCCUCUACGCCAUCGCUGGCCUGCACACGACAGGGUUAGCGCUGACGUGGGGGAUUUACUAUCUUGCAUUAAAUGAGGAAGUCCAAGAAAGACUGUGCAAGGAACUGAAAGACCAGCUGGGUGAUACAGCGAUGAGCCCGCAGGAAUUUAGCGAUAACAGGUACUUGCGUCAGGUAAUAGACGAGACUCUACGCUGUGCAGUUAUUGGACCUUAUUUGUGCCAGAGUCAGGACUAUGACAGGGCUCGUGGAUAUGACAUUCCCAAAGAUACGCCCGUCAUCGAAGCUAUCGGUGUGGUCAUGCAGGAUGAGAACAUAUGGCCUGAACCCACCAUGUUUGACCCUGAGCGAUUCAAUCAAGAAAAUAGCAAGGGUAGGAGUACUUAUGCCUUUCAACCAUACGGAUUUUCAGGAAAAAGGGUCUGUCCUGGAUACAGGCUGGCUAAUGCUGAGAUCGGUGUGGCGCUGUCUGAACUCUGUCGUCGCUUCAAGUUCCAUCUGGUCGCCGGUCAAGUGGUGCAGCCCGUCCACGGCCUCGUGACACGACCCAAGGACGAGAUCUGGAUCACCAUCAGCAAGCGCUAGUGGCGCCAUCUACCGAGUGUUGUUGUGAACAAAAUGGAUGGUCUAACGUUACUUGGCCUUACCUGUUAGUGUGCUGGUAACAGUUAAUGACUACAAUAUAAUAGAUACUAGACGCUGUAUUCAAUGUGCACCCAUGUACACACCUCCGUGAAUAAUUUUCUAUUAUAUCAGUUGUCCGGAAUGUUGGAUUAUUUAAAAAUAAAGGAUGACAAUGUACGAUUUGUUAUAUAGGGAUUGCGGAAUCUAGUAGGGGCCUAAUUCAGACUAACGCAGUUUUCAUUGGAUAUUCCAACUAUAAUCAAGUAUAAUCCAUGAUUACAUUCUGCCCUAAGUAAAUUCCACAUGAAUUUUAUUAAACCAGGUAUAUUAUUGCUUGUUUAUAAGUGUGUGUAGGCAUAGUAAUAUGGUUGUAUGUAUAAGUGCACAUAUGUGUGUAGAUGUCCACAAUUCUAUUAUCUUAGCGACAUCUAAGAUUUGUCUACCCGAUCACUGCAUGGUUGUUGGUGCUUAAUGUUAGCCGUCAUAUCUAUAUAUACUGUGUAUUAUUUUCUGUUGUUGUUUAUAUACAUCAUACCUCCUGAUCAUACGUAUCUACCUCUUGUGAAUAAAAAAACACCAGUUUGGCUGAUAAACACUAGCUUACGACUAUUCACGGAAAUAUAAAAGAACGCAAGCUUUUAAUCUAC